AUGUCUCGUCAUCGAAAUGUGCGCAACGCAGUCUACGAUGAUUACGAUGACGACGACGACUAUCGAUACGGGCAUUCGGUUGAGGAUGAAUGUAUCUCCCCGACCGAUGCGCAGCAAUGGAUUUACGAUCGUGCAAAAGGGCAGCAAAGCAUGUCCGAAUUUCUCGCCAAUAACCGGGACAUCGAAGAAGAAGACGACAAUGAACUCGCGGCGGAAGAUGUUCGCGAAGGAACCGCGCAUAAGCGGCGCGAUUCGGAGUGUUUUGAAAUGCCGGACCUGAACGAAGAUGACCGCGCUCGGCUGCUGUCCUGUAUGGACGAAAUCAGAGAUAUCGUGGGAGAAGCGUGCAGCGAUCGUCAGAUGGUGGAAGCAAUAAUGAAGCACGACUUUGAAUGCAGCAAGGCAUUAGAUGAGAUUCUCAACAGUAACAAGACGCCUCCGACUGCUCCCGCUACGAGAAGUAAACUGCCAAUUGCAAGUGCAGUUGAAAAAGGUAAGAAGCCGGUAGUGAUCACACCGGUUGCCAAGAAAACGCUUGGCUUCGAAAUCAGUAGCCCUCAAGUGCAGUCGCCCAGUGUGUCUGGCCGCAACACACCCGAGAUUACGGACGAAGCGAGACAGCAGCAGCUGUUAAAUCAAUCGCUAAAGGCAACACCCAAAGAACCGACGAGGGAUGCGAAAUUGCUGUUCAGCAAGGAACGCGGCACAAGAAAGGAGCACAUCCACAUGGUGGUGAUCGGACACGUGGACGCUGGCAAGAGCACGCUGAUGGGUCACCUGUUGUACGACACGGGUAACGUUUCGCAACGUAUCAUGCACAAGCACGAGCAGGAAAGCAAGAAGCUAGGCAAGCUGAGCUUCAUGUAUGCAUGGGUGUUGGAUGAAACUGGUGAGGAACGAGAACGGGGCAUCACGAUGGACGUCGGAAGCACGCGGUUCGAAACUGCUAACAAAGAGAUCACACUACUGGAUGCCCCUGGGCAUAAGGACUUCAUUCCAAACAUGAUAUCCGGAGCAAAUCAGGCAGACGUCGCACUGCUUGUGGUUGACGCAACUCGGGGCGAAUUCGAGACCGGCUUCGAGCAGGGUGGACAAACCCGAGAGCACGCGUUGUUAGUGCGUUCUCUCGGUGUAAGUCAGUUGGGUGUAGUCGUUAACAAACUGGACACAGUCGGAUGGGCUAAGGAGCGAUUCGAUGAGAUAGUGCAUAAGCUGAAGGUGUUUCUCAAACAGGCCGGCUUCCGGGAUGCGGACGUUACGUACGUGCCUUGCUCCGGUUUGACGGGCGAGAAUCUGGUGAAGGAACCUACAGACCUUGGUUUGACGCAGUGGUACAACGGACCUACACUGCUCAAAGUGAUUGAUUCAUUCAAAACACCCGAAAGGGCUAUUGAUAAACCGUUUCGCUUGUCCGUUGCCGACAUAUUCAAGGGCACUGGUUCCGGAUUCUGCUUAAGCGGUCGCAUCGAGUCGGGGAUGGUUUGUGUAAACGAUAAACUGCUGGUAUGUCCCAGCAAGGAACAGGCUGUGGUUAAGAACAUCACAAUCGAUGAGCUACCCCAGCAGACUGCUUUUGCCGGCGAUCAGAUAUCGCUGACGCUGGCUAACAUCGACGUGAACAACAUAUCCGUAGGAUACAUCCUGUCCGACAUCUACCAUCCGGUGCCGUUGGCCAGCCGUAUUCUUGCGCGCAUUGUUGUGUUCAACAUUAAGGUUCCUAUUACGAGGGGAUAUCCGGUGCUGCUGCACCAUCAGUCCCUCAUCGAACCGGCUACCAUUCGCAAACUGAAAGCGCAACUGCAUAAGGGCACCGGCGAGGUGCUUAAGAAGAAUCCUCGCUGCCUCGGCAACAACUCAUGUGCAUUGGUCGAAAUUGAAUUCCAGAGGCCAGUCGGCAUGGAGAAAUAUGCUGAUUUCAAGGAUCUAGGGCGAAUCAUGUUGCGCGUUGAAGGUGUGACGAUUGCUGCCGGACUUGUUACCGAAAUUGUUAAGUAAGAGCAGUGAAUGAAUGAAGGGUUCUGAGCGAAGAUUCUUGUGAAAAUUUCUCGCGUUUUAACUGCUGUUUAACGAGCGUUAGAAUAAAACUGAUGUCACAAAAUAAAAUUAACGAGAGGCGAGUUCCCAUCGUUUUGGUCCGAAGAAAUAUGCUACCUACUCCUAGCCUGUAGCAGGAAGCCUGUACCUACCUAGCAUCUAGCCUGUUGCAGGAAAAAAACCGGAACUAUUUGAGUUCCGACUCUGCCGUUUAUUAAACACUUUU